CGGCGACUGCGGAGCCCGAAGCGGCGACACGCGUCGGCCCCGCCAUCCCGCCGCCGCCGCCGCGCUGGGUCGGCCGGAGCUGCAGCCAGGAACGAGUGCCACCGCGCAGGACGCCACCCCGCCGCCGGCCGCAGGACGGAGGCAGGCGCCAGCCUCAGCAAGGGGAACCCAGCAGCGUUGACUCGCCCGACUUCGCCACGGUCACCCAGCACCGGCUGCCACCCACCGGCUCCCCGGACUCUCCAGGCCUCCCCCGCCGCCCCGCGCCUCCCCUCCGGCCCCGCCCGGCCGCACCCCGGGCUGCGCGGCGUCACAGAGCGCAUGCGUGCCGCGGGGGAUGCCGGGAGCGCGCAGUGGCGGCAGCGGCAGCGACGGCAGUAACAGCGGCCGCUCGAGCGGGGACAGCAGCGGGGCGGUGACCGUGUGGGAGGUGGUCUCACUCUUGGGCAAAUUGCUGGGGACCGUCGCCGCGCUGAAGGUGGUUCUGUACCUGCUCCGGGUGUGCUUCGCGAUGGCCUGGAAAUCCGGCGGCGCCAGCCACUCGGAGCUAAUCCACAACCUCCGCAAAAAUGGAAUCAUCAAGACAGAUAAAGUAUUUGAAGUGAUGCUGGCUACAGACCGCUCCCACUAUGCAAAAUCAAACCCUUACAUGGAUUCUCCACAAUCAAUAGGUUUCCAAGCUACAAUUAGCGCUCCUCACAUGCAUGCAUAUGCACUAGAACUUCUGUUUGACCAGUUGCAUGAAGGUGCUAAAGCCCUUGAUGUCGGGUCUGGAAGCGGAAUCCUCACCGCGUGUUUUGCACGGAUGGUUGGACAAAAUGGAAAAGUCAUAGGAAUUGAUCACAUUAAAGAACUAGUAGAUGACUCAAUAAAUAAUGUCAAAAAGGACGACCCAAUGCUUCUGACCUCGGGGCGAGUUCGUCUGGUUGUGGGUGAUGGAAGAAUGGGAUAUGCUGAAGAAGCCCCAUACGACGCAAUUCAUGUAGGAGCUGCAGCCCCAGUUGUACCCCAGGCACUAAUAGACCAGUUAAAGCCUGGUGGAAGAUUGAUAUUGCCAGUCGGCCCUGCAGGAGGAAACCAAAUGUUGGAGCAGUAUGAUAAACUACAAGAUGGCAGUGUCAAAAUGAAGCCUCUGAUGGGGGUGAUAUAUGUGCCUUUAACAGAUAAAGAAAAGCAGUGGUCCAGGUGGAAGUGAUUUUCUCUUCUGCUCUUUCUUCUUCCACACAUUCAAGGGAUGAACUGUAAAAGCAACAUGAGCUUGACCAGUCUAUAACAUUGCAGUGGAUUGCUCAUCUCGGUCCCUAAAGCAUUUGAAAACCAACAGCAUCACAGCUUGUUUUGGACUUUGUUACACUCUUAUUUUCAGCAUGAAAAUGUGUGGUUUUGUAGGAUUUCCUAAUUCAAAGAGGCGCAGAGCCAAGGUUGCAAAGAGGGCAGCAAAGUGUAACUUUGUGUGUUGUUUUAACACGCCCACAUUUUACUUUAAAAAUAUUAAAAGAAAGGGUUCUCCACAUGGAGAGCUUAGUUUGUGAAUUAGUUUUGAGGAGUGGCUUUGCUUUUCUUGAACACUUAAUUCUGUUCCAAUAUUAAUUUAUCAGAUUUCUUUUGUGCAUCAGAUAACACCACCAUUCACAAGUUUAGGUUUCUUGGUAGCCAAUGUCUGUUAGAUGCUACUAAGAAAAUAGAGAUGAGCUUUCUUUUUAAAGCUUUUGAUGUGGUGUCAUAGGAUAGCAUGUUGUAGAUACAAUCAGCUGCUGUUACCUUAAAACUAGGUGUUUGUAAAUACUGAAACGGAAGACGACGGCAGGUGGUGUCCCGUAAACACUCAGCUGUUCAGAUUGGACAUCUCUGAUGUAAUUUUCCUCUCUCAAAAAAUGAUAGGAGGUUGUAGCUCAAUAUCGUUUUCUGUUUCUAGUUUGCUGCUGAUUCUGUAUCUGCGCCUAACACUGUGUAAACUGUUGCUGGUCUCUGCACAGUUUAUGCAGCACUGCUUUGCCAAAUAAACUUAAAAGCGAAAGAAGCA